AUUGCCAAGGUGAAGCAGGGGGCGUCACGACAGGAGCCGAUGAGUCGUCAACGGCUGCUGCUAGUCCUCUCCUUAUGUCGACGUCAUCUCUCUGACGAUAAGAAGUGGCUUUACCAACCGCAGUCACAGCGGCUGAUCGAAGCCCGAAGCCGAUCUCCGCUCGUGCUCCAUGGAGGGAUGAUACAAGGAGGAAGGGGCAGAGAGGGGGAAGAAGCGCAACAGGAGUUGGUGGAGAAGAGUUUGCCAGCCGCCGCAUCAAGAAAAUCGUUUAGCUGUUCGCAAAUUUCCACCUCUUCCUCCUCCCCCUCCUCCAUCCCUUCCUCCUCCCCCUCCUCCUCCCCCCUUCGCCUCGUCUACUGCCCCGCUUCUUGCUUUUUUACCCAUCCUGCUACCUUUACCGUCCUCGCUUGCGCCGAGAAUUCUGAUGAGUGGAGCCUCCCUCUC